AUGGCAAGAGGUUUGCGCGUCGGCUCCAAGACGGACGUGCUUAAAAACCUGCGCUCGCUGCUACGUGUGACGCGUACACGCGGAUCACAGGAUUCUAUCCGCAACUGCAAGUUUUCGCAGCAGAUUCUCGCGCAGUAUCGAGCUCGACAACACGAGAAUGACCGUACGAAAAUGCGCGCAUACCGAUUGGAAGCCAGUGACUACUUGAUGUUGUUACAGGGCGUCCAAGAGCAGCGGCACUUGUGGGCUUUGGAUGCUGGUCUUGAAAAAACGCUUUCGGGUGAGGAAAUGGUCAACCGGUCGGCACGUCGUGUUGGUCUUGAGGUGCCGGAGAUGUACGCCGAGAAGCGGGAUAAGGAGGAGCUAAAGGAGGCGGCGGCCAAAUAUCUUGCCGACAAGCGGGCAAAAGAGGCUGCAAUGGGACAGUAA